CAAUCUGGCAACCCUGUACAGCACUCUGUUAAGGUCUUCUGAAACAUUACACAAGCCUUUUGUUAGGAAACCGAGUCCCGGGUUAACACCUUUCAUCCUUACAACAGUUGCUCAUUACAAAAGAAACUUCAGUGGGAUAUGGAGGAGAACAGGAAAGCAGGUCUGGUGAAGCACACAGGCGGCUGCCACUGUGGUGCUAUCCGUUUCGAGGUGUGGAAUUCUGCGGAUUUGCACGUAUUUGAUUGCAAUUGUAGCGUUUGUACCAAGAAGCAGAACCGCCAUUUUAUUGUUCCCAAGGCCCACUUUACAUUGCUUCAGGGCUCAGCGAACAUAACCACGUACACAUUCAAUACACACGCAGCCAAGCACACCUUUUGCAAGAUAUGUGGCGUGCAAAGUUUCUACACACCCCGAUCGAAUCCUGACGGCUUUGGUGUGGCUCCGCAUUGCCUGGACCCUGGAACUGUAAAGAGUGUGAUGGUUGAACAUUUCUGUGGGGAGAACUGGGAGGAAAGCAUGCAGAAACACAAAACUAUCAGGAGCAUGUCCAAGCCUACAAAAGAAGCCAAAUAAUCUAUCAAUACACAAAUAUGACCUUUAAAAAAAUGAUUAAUCAUUAAUUUAGUUUUGGUCAGAUUUAAAGGAUAAGCUACACUAGCUACCUCUAAAGCAAUGGUUCUGAAAGUAGAGGUAUCACUUGGGAUAAUUAUGAGGCCAUCUCUGAGUUAAUACAGGUGCAUAAGGCACAGCUGGAAUAGAGAACCUCUGUUUUAAAUCGCAUAUUAUUGUUGAAUUACUCAUAUUCUGUAGUGUUUCACACACUGUGUAGCAUGGUGAGAUGGUGUGCAUGCUAACACACUUGGAAACUAACACAGGUAUUUCCAGAGAAAUAAUCAUCAAGAUUUAUCAGCAUCACUUAUAUGUGAAAAAAAAUAUCUGACUAAACAGUCAGUCAGAUUAUAACAAUCUGUUGGCUGUUAUCUGUUGGUUGAUCUGUUGAUCCCCAUGUUCAUCUGGUUAAAUCUUAGGAUUUUAAUGAAAUAACAGUGACACAAACUAUUUACAAAGUGUAUUCAGGUAUACAAAGUUAUUUGGUACAGUACACAGUCUUACUCUUGUGCACAGCAGAUUAAAAACAGAACAAAGUCUUAAGCUGCUUUCACACUGCAUGUUUGGCUGUAUAUAUGGUUUUAGCAAACAUUCCACGUAAGAUGGAAUGAAAUGUUUAAAUAAUGUUCCACUUGAACAGGUUAUGUAGUUUUGAAGGUAUUUAAAGUCCAAGAAUAACUGAACUGUGGAGUGUGAAAGUGGUAUUAAAGUAGUAGUGUAAGAAAACACAGAACAUGUAACAGCUGUAAACAUUUUUAAACAUUUUUUUAAAUAAAGCAGAAUUUCAGUAAAUUGA